AUGCAUGCCUCACAUCUGAACAACCGGGCACAGAGCCACUUCAGGCCACAGGUGGAGAGUGAGCUAGACAACAUGGAAGGGAGUGGCAUAAUGAACAUGGCUUACAGUAGCUCUCCUCCACUGUCACCCCUCAGCACCAUCUACAAUCCCAAGCCUCUCUUGGAGAACCCCUAUGACAACAUGCAUAACCCGGUGUCGGCUUCUUUGAAAGCGGAGAUAAAGGCCUUCAACCAUGACAAGGGGAAACAAUCAUCUGGAUGCUGUUCUUUUAUUGUGAAAGGACUUCGUGGGCUGUGGGGCACCACAUUGACAGAGAACACAGCAGAGAACCGUGAGCUCUUCGUGAAGACCACUAUGAGAGAGUUAAUUGUCUACAUUGUGUUCCUUGUGGAUAUAUGUCUAUUGACAUAUGGCAUGGCCAGCUCCAAUGCCUUCUACUACACUAAAGUGAUGACGGAUUUGUUUGUGAACACACCCAGUGAGAAUGGUGUUACAUUUCAGUCCAUUAGUAGCAUGGCUGACUUCUGGGAAUUUACACAAGGCCCGUUACUUGAUGGCCUCUACUGGACAAAGUGGUACAACAAUCAGUCACUACAGGCCAGCAGUCACUCCCUUAUCUACUAUGAGAACCUGCUGUUGGGGGUCCCCAGGCUCAGGCAGCUCAAAGUGAGGAACAACUCUUGCAAGGUGCACAAGGACUUCCAACGCAACAUCACAGGCUGCUACGAUGUGUACAACAACGACAAAGAGGAUACCUUUGAAUUUGGCCUCAUCAACGGAAGUGCCUGGCAGUACCACACAGAGAAGGAGAUAAAAGGCUCUUCUCACUGGGGACUGCUUACUACAUAUAGCGGUGGAGGUUAUUACCAGGACCUGAAAAUGACAAAGGAUGAAAGUGCCAUGAUCCUGGUGGACCUGAGGAACAACUUGUGGCUCGACCGAGGAACCCGGGCUGUGUUCAUUGACUUCUCUGCUUACAAUGCCAACAUUAAUCUGUUCUGUGUCAUCAGGUUAUUAAUAGAAUUUCCAGCCACUGGAGGAGCAAUCCCGUCGUACCAGAUCAGGACAGUGAAGUUGAUCCGCUACAUCGACACCUGGGACUUUUUCAUUAUGGGCUGUGAAAUGGUCUUCUGUGUGUUCAUCUUCUACUAUGUGGUGGAAGAGAUUCUUGAGCUUCGCAUCCAUAAGAUUGCCUACUUUUCAAGCAUCUGGAACAUCCUGGAUGUGGUAGUCAUUCUGCUUGCCAUUGUUGCCAUCAUAUUCAAUGUGUUCCGGACCAUCAAAGUGGACAAAUUACUGGGGAAGCUAUUGGAACAACCAGAUAUUUAUGCAGACUUUGAAUUUCUUGCAUUUUGGCAAACUCAGUACAACAAUAUGAAUGCCAUCAAUUUGUUCUUUGCAUGGAUCAAGGUGUUCAAGUAUAUCAGUUUCAAUAAGACCAUGACACAGCUGUCCUCCACACUAGCUCGCUGUGCUAAGGAUUAUCCUGGGUUUUGCCACUCAUGUUCUUUAUUGUAUUUUUUUGCUUAUGCUCAGCUUGGAUAUUCCUUUGGAUCAGAAGUGGAGUCCUUCAGUACCUUUGUGAAAUGCAUCUUUACGCAGUUCAGAAUUAUCCUGGGAGAUUUUGAUUAUGAUGCCAUUGACAAAGCCAACAGAAUCCUGGGGCCGAUCUAUUUUGUCACCUACGUAUUUUUUGUCUUCUUCGUAUUACUUAAUAUGUUCCUGGCGAUUAUUAAUGACACAUACUCAGAGGUUAAGGAGGAGCUGUCAAGCCAGAAAGAUGAGCUCCAGAUCACUGACAUUAUCAAACAGAGUUUACAUGAAGACCUUUAUGAAUUAAAACUCAAAAAAGAAAGAAUCUCUGAUGUGGAAAAGCUCUACAAUCUGGUUCGAAAGAAUUUGGAGUUUAAUGACUUCAGAGAAAGCCUGAAAGCGUUUUUUUCUAUCUUCAGAAUGGGUCAUGCGGACAGUGAGAUCUCUGCAGCGUUCUCCAGAUUUGACCAAGAUGGUAAUCACAUACUCGAUGAGGAGGAGCAGACCAGACUGAAACAUGAGCUGGAAGAAAAAAAGGAUGCACUAAAUGCUGAGCUAAGCAUCCUGGGAAGAAACUAUGGUAACAACACACUUGACCAGACUGGAGAGCUAGCUGCUAUGAAGGGCAGCCAUGACAAAAUGGUCCCCGUGUCCCAAGAGGAGUUUCAUAUGCUAGUUGGACAGGUUCUUCAGCUGGAGUGCUCUGUAGCCAGUGUCAUGUCCAAACUAGACACAACCAUGGGGACCGUGGAAUUGAAAGCCACCAACAGGAACAAGCACAGAGCAACAAUGACAAAACUAAUGGAAAAUACCAAAGAUGAUGUAAGCUCUGCUCCAGACAGACAGGUGCUUCUAAAUCUGGUGGGAGGGACAGUGAAGGAGAGCUCUUGGACUACAGCCAUGGUGAAAGCCCUGUCUGCAGUAGGGCAGGGAGGCAUGAAGCACCUGUCCCCUGGAGCUGCAGAUACCAGCAGUGCCAGAGGCCACUCAACCAGCCAUCUUUAAAGCAUACACUUGUGCUACAUGCUUUUAGUGCUCAUAGCAUUAUUGAGAUUUAUUCAUACCUUUGACUAAAAGAAGCCUCCCAAGUAGCUCAGUGGUUAAGAUGCUCACCUCAAGUGCAAGCUGAGCUCUAGAGCUCAGGUUCAAUCCCAACUGUGGCAUCAACUAACAAUGACCUUGAGUGCACUGUACUAGAGCAAACUGUCUUUCAUCUGCUGGGGAUACAGGGGUGCAUAUGUUGGCCAGGGUUAUGUCUCACUGCUCUCAGGCACACAUAUACUAUAUAUCAUUGUACAGAACGAAGUCAUACUGUUCCCAAUUAAUACACUGUAUUCCAGCAGAAUGUGAUUUUAAAAUCCUAUUCUGGCAUACAUUACAGUUACAAGAUGCUCCCUGUAGUGUUUUAUGAGAUUCUGGCACUUCUGGGUGGGGGUGGGGAAAGCUUGUGAAAUGUAAACUUGUGGUUUCAUUUGUGAACUACUUUCUUCAGCUUAAACCACAAAUGUUCAAUUACAUUUAGGUGGUGAUUGAAAUCAUAAGAUGAGAACUUUUACUUUAUGCUCAGUUAACCAUUAGUUUUGGAUUUAGUUUUGGAUGCAGGUAUCUGCAUGUCUGAAUCUCUAAGUCUGAAAGGGAUAUGCUUCUUAUUUAGCUUGGCAAAUUCAAGUUGCCUUUUUUGUAGCUUAACCCCAAAAGGGGCCUCUUCCAUCAAAGUUGCCCAUGAUCCCCACUGCAAGUAAAGCAAGGAAAUGGAGCUUGGCUGGAAAUGGAAACUUAAGAGCAUGCAUACAAAUCUACAGUUAAUUGGGGAAUUGAGCACUUGUUCUCAACUGAUUAUUUCAAUCACCAUGCUUCAGAUCACAGCUCACAGAUAAAAACCAGAAAUGAACAGACGAGGACUUAAAAAUGCUAACUACAUGAGUGUGAAUAAAUUUGACCAGUAUGUUUUCUGGAAUAAAAUGUAUUAUUUGGGAACAGCCUGACUGUCUUCUGUGCAAUGAUAUUAAGAAUAAGGUAUAACAUUUUAAUAAUUAGGCAAAAAAAACUGUAAACUGCAAAAUUUUACUGUGUAAAUCCCUAUUGAUUUUACAGCAUGUACUGGAAAUUAAGUAAGAAUAUAUGGGAUCAUUUUUUAUUGACAAUGAUACACCACAUGUCCUGGAUUCUGUAUUUCCAGAACCAGAGCUUCACACAGCCAAUUAUAAUUGUUACUGGCGAAACUGUGUCUGCAGCUCACAUGUUUGUUCACUUAUAUUCAAAGGUGUGGUUUUAUUACUUUCAGAUUGAUUAGAUUCAAAGUCACCAUGGAUCAGUUUUUUCAGCUUUUUGCUCUUAGUGUGUCUGUGCUGUCUGUGAAAAGGUCUUCACAAAUGUCCACAGGUAGCAACAAAAGCAAUGAUAUAAGAACCUGGAGAGGCAGGCUCCUUAGCUCUGUGUGGGGAAAACUGGAUUAACCAGAACACUGGUAGACAGAUACUAUUAUAUCUCCAAUCAAAACAAAUAAGAUUUUGAUGGAAAAGUCAUUCUUAGAAACCUUUGCCAACCAUGACAUGGCUGCAAGGAAGCAUGAGUGUGAAUUAAUAUAAAUAUGUAGAAACCAGUAUGAAAAUGACACAAAAUGGUCCUUAUAUGAGCUUCUGUAUUUGCAAAAAAAUGCCUGUUUUGUUCCACCACGAGUGUAUGUUUCCACAGUCAUGAAAAUAACACCAGUGUGAGAGUAAUUAAUGGAAGAGUAAAUAUUCAGAUCGUAAGCAUGUUUUCCAAGCCACAGGUGAUGAGUAUGAAGAUGCAUUUCCUUUUUUUAUUCAUAAUAUAUCAAUAUAUCUAGGGAGCAGAGCAUUGCCAUUCUGGUUAAUCCAGUCUUAAAACCCUAGAGCCAAAGAAUCUUCUUAUGACCAGGAUCAUACAUUGUUAUGUGAGAACAUGUAAGAACAAUCCAUGUACAGUCCUGCGCAAUCUUGGUGAGAACCUGAUGAAGAGUAGAUUUCAGGAGCACCACAUACAGUCAUUUUAAGAAACUGUGUCAAUGAUAUUGCAGUCUCGAUUUGUGAUUUAUCUUUGAUAUGCAUCUCCUGUUUUAGUAUAUGUGUGCAACUGAAUUAUUAACAUUAUGCAUGUUACAUUGGCAUUAGAAAAUACAUGUUUUGUUUUGAUGUGUGUGUACAUAUAAUGUGUACUGACAAACUUCCCUUGGAAGAU